AUGAUCAUUAGGCGCAAUUGCUGGGUUAUAUGUGGCGAGACUCAUUUUUUAGAUGUUGGUCAUGCCCCUAUUAAUAUACUGAAGACAUUAAAUUGGCUUGACACUAAUAUCACUAUUCAUACCGAUAGUAUAAAUUCGGCUUCUUUGUUAAAAUUUGUGGAAAAUAUUAAAAUAUCAACCAAUUUGGAAAAUUUUGCCAAUAUUUACGCUAAUAGCACACUAUAUACUGUAAAAGGGGGCAUUUUAUUUAACAAAGAACAGGAAUUUCACCAUCUAUUUAAGGUACACUCAAAAAGUAGAGUAACUAAUAAACUUCUAUUAGGCAUAACAAAAAUACUAUCUGUUAGCACACCUGACUUGUAUAUUAAGAGAUUAUUUGACUUAGUAUCCGUUACAAAAGACAAACUUAUUAUAAUUUCUAAAUCAAUAAUAUUGAGGAUAUUAGUACAUCUUUUGUCUUAUCAGGAAAUUGUUAUAUUUGUAGAUGAUCUAGAGGGGCUGAGUUCAGAAAUUGAAGGCGUUGGUACAAUAUUUCUAGUAGACAUAGAAACUCAAUAUUCAUCUGCAAAUAUUAAGGAUAUAAUUGGUUUUGCUUGCAACGACACUGUGAUUGUAAAUUUGAAGGAUAAGUUUCAGAUAUCAGGAACAACUACCAUAACCCCCUUACCGUCACUUGAAGCUAUACAGGAAUCGAUUUCGGAUUCUUUUAUAUUAUUCCCCAAUCCGUUAGUUAUCACAGGGAAAAUUGUUAAGGGUAAAAACCGCGGUUCCAACUUAUUAGGAAUCCCAACUGCUAACAUAGAUUCUACUGACGAUUAUUCACUCUGCAUUCCUGGAGUUUAUUUUGGUUACGUACAAUUUCCAUAUAUUGGUAAACAGAGCUACUUCGCUAGCACAUCCAUAGGAUAUAAUAUACACUUUAGUGACCCAGUUAGAUCUAUUGAAUCGUACAUUCAUCAUACAUUUGACACAGUCUUGGUGGGAUACAGCGUUAAAUUGGAGUUGAGAGGAUAUAUAAGGAGCGAAACAUCGUUUACUUCGUUGGAACUCCUUAUAGAAACCAUAAGGAACGAUUGUAAUCUGGGAAAUCUCAUAGAUUGUAAUUGGGGGUUUUUAACUAGUGAAUAG